AUGGACCCGUUGGACGAGCCACCCGUGGCCGACAAGCUCCAGCGGCUCGCGGGGACCAUGGACUCGAUCGCGCACCACGCGGCGCGGCUCGCGCGCGUCAACAACAGCAUCGUCGACUUCAACGAAGGGUUUGCCGCUUUCCUCUAUGGGAUGGAGAUGCUGAUGUUCUGUACCGAGUUUGUGGCGACGCCGCUGGACGACGACUUGCGCGUGCACGCCCGCAAGUUGCGGCGGCGCCAGUUGCGCCAGCGGCUCGCUCAGCUCGAACACGAUAACGCCAUGCUUGAGGCUGAAUUGGACCAGUUACGAGCUGAUAAACAGUUGCAGACUAAUGAUGAGGGCAACACUGGAUUGCAGACAACUAGUGGAGUGGCUCAGACGCCAGCAAAGCGUCCGAGGACCCGAGAUCACCUUAGGGCCAACGGUGGCCAAGGGCGUACUCCCACCAGCAAUGGCGAUGGUGACGUGUUUGCUACUCCUCAAGGUCCUCCUUUAACCAUUACUGCCUCGACCAAGCUGGCCCUGGCCCUCCCCGCCAAACGCCAACGCCCGUUAAACGUAUGGGAACGUCUAUCACGCCUGAAACGCCACCCGGGACUGACACCACAACAUGCUCUGACGUCUCUGACGCCAGCAUCAGCACCACCGCGACGACCGCCGUCGGGGAAGGGCCCCCGGUCGAACCGAGCCGCCGAGCUCCGCGCUCAACAAACCCGCCAGCGGCUUGCCGACCGCAUGGCCAACGGCCGGCGAUGA